AUGUCGCCUACUAGUCCUUCUAACCCACCUUCCAUCAGUGGUACUCAUCAGCAUGCCCAUAACCCAUCUUAUCCUACUGGCGCUGCCUCUUUUACCACUGGUACUACUGGCGCUGACGGUAGCCAUGCUAUGAAUACGGAAGGUUCACAACCAACCCAUCCUACUUUUCUUGACACGAAUCACCAAGGCCUCCACAAUGCUAUGCCAAGUGGUGCGGUUACUCCUAAUACUGUUGAUGUGCCCUACCAUAUCCCCAAACACUCUGAAGCUCGGAAGCUUAAACACUUUUACGCCAGUCGUGCCGAACCCAUUUAUGACCAAACAGAAAAACUAGCUACUCAAGUUGCCGAGCUCCAGCGUCAACAAAACAAACUCUUUGGUCCCUCAGGUGCCGAUUUCGAACCCGGUAUCCACCGUCUUCGUUUCAACAAGAAUGCUAACCCUGGUCCUUUCGGUCUUUUCUCUUUCGCCUUCACUACGUUUCUUCUUUCGCUUAUUAAUCUCGCUGCCGGCCAUGUCACCAAUUCUCGUAUCAUCGUAGCUCCUGCCAUGUUUUAUGGUGGCCUUGCUCAAAUUCUUGUUUCUAUGUGGGAAAUGGCUUCUGGUAACACUUUCGGUGGUGCUGUCUUUGGCAGUUAUGGCUGUUUCUGGCUCUCGUAUGGUGCUAUAUUUAUCCCCUGGUUCCACAUUGCUAAUUCGUAUACUGAUCUUGACGAGUUUAAUUAUGCUGUUGUACGCUCCACGCUCGCUUUCUUUUGUUUGUUUGCUACUCUCGAUGUAACGUUCUUGGUAUUGGCUGCCGGCUAUUUCAAGACUGCCGGUGGUGCUCCUAAUACAGCUCUGAUCCGCGUGGGUGGUGGUUUUGGUAUUUCGUGUGCCGCUUUUGCCUUUUACAAUGCCCUUGCCGGUAUCGCUACCGUCGAAAACUCAUUCUUCAGUGUGCCUCGUGCCGUCUUUCCCUGGAGUUUGGAGGGUCUUAGUCCCGCUGAGGCUAAUCGUAGACGUAUGUAUGAUGACGAUGACAGCGAUAAGGUCGCUUAA